UAUCCCCUCUGCUUCCUUCCCAAAGAAAUAUGCAACCCACCUCAUUUCAGUAAGAACCCCAUUUGUCUCUGAUUCAAUCUUCCCACUCUGCAGGUUUUUUUUGUUCUCUGAUCUUGGAGACUGCAUUCUAAUGGCAAAGGCUAGCAGCAAUGGUGUGUUUGAACUUAGUGUUAAGCAAGAGGAACCAACCUUGGUUCCUCCGGCAGAGGACACAGAGAAGGGUCUCUACUUCCUCUCCAACCUCGACCAGAACAUUGCAGUGAUUGUUCGAACUAUUUACUGCUUUAAAUCUGAUGCCAAAGGCAAUGAGAGAGCUGCAGAAAUCAUCAAGGAUGCCUUAUCAAAGGUUCUUGUUCACUACUACCCCCUUGCUGGGAGGCUAACGAUCAGCUCAGAGGGUAAACUGAUUGUGGAUUGUACCGGGGAAGGUGCUGUUUUCGUCGAGGCUGAAGCUAAUUGUGCUGUAGAAGAGAUCGGCGACAUAACAAAACCCGACCCCGUGACUCUUGGGAAGCUUGUUUAUGAUAUUCCUGGUGCUAGGAACAUACUGGAGACACCUCCUCUUGUUGCUCAGGUGACUAAGUUCAAGUGUGGAGGAUUUGUUCUUGGGCUAUGUAUGAAUCACUGUAUAUUUGAUGGGCUUGGUGCCAUGGAAUUUGUGAACUCAUGGGGGGAAACUGCCAGAGGCUUGCCCCUGAAGGUGCCUCCAUUCCUGGACAGGAGCAUACUCAGAGCUAGAAACCCACCCAAGAUAGAGUUCCCCCAUCAUGAAUUCGCUGAGAUUGAGGAUGUAUCAAACACCAUGAAGCUUUAUGAGGAGGAAAUGCUCUACAGAUCCUUCUGUUUCGACCCUGAAAAGCUUGAUCAACUCAAGAUUAUAGCCAUGGAAGACGGGGUUCUCCCCAAGUGCACUACAUUUGAAGCCCUCUCCGCCUUUGUCUGGAGGGCUCGCAGCAAGGCCUUGGGCAUGAAGCCCGAUCAACAGACGAAGCUCCUCUUUGCUGUCGACGGACGGUCCAGAUUCCAGCCACCAAUACCGACAGGCUACUGUGGGAAUGGGAUUGUGUUGACAAAUUCUCUCUGCAGCGCAGGUGAGCUGCUGGAGAACCCACUUUCAUUUGCAGUAGGGCUGGUUCAGGAGGCAGUUAAGAUGGUGACAGACAGCUUCAUGAGGUCAGCCGUAGACUAUUUCGAGAUCACAAGAGCCAGGCCUUCUCUUGCUGCGACACUCCUCGUUACUACUUGGUCUAGGCUGUCUUUCCAUACCACAGACUUCGGAUGGGGGGAGCCCAUUUUGUCAGGGCCGGUGGCCUUGCCGGAGAAGGAAGUGAUUCUGUUCUUAUCUCAUGGAAAAGAAAGGAAAAGCAUAAAUGUGCUUCUGGGUUUGCCAGCUUCAGCUAUGAAGGUGUUUGAAGAACUGAUGCAGUUCUAGAAACCAGUGGUCUGGUGCUGGUUUUCAUGGAGGUUCUUUCUGGUUUUUUUAUUCUUCAAACAACUGAAACCCUGAUGGACUACAUGCCCGCCAAAUCCUAAUGAAUAUAAAUCAAUUCAAAAGGAGAGGAUGGUGACUCUGAAUCAAAGGCUGUAGAAGUGCAAUUGUGUCCCCUGUUUCUUCUCUGUGCUCAUUUUCUUUGAAUUUAUGUGGAGGUUCCAGUGUCUGUCCUAUCAAAUUUUUUUUCUCUUUGAUGUUGUUUAUUAUUCAAUUGAGAAGUUUGUUCUGUAUUUGCUGAUAAUAAUAUCAUGUGAUUUCAGAGUUUAAAUGUAUCCUAUUAUUUUGAUUGGGAAUUGGAAUUCA